GCCAUGUCCCCGCCGCCGUCCCCGUCCCCGCCGCCCGCCCUGCCCUGGCUGCUCGCCGCCUGCUGCCUCUGCGCCCUGCCGCGGGGCUCAGGGUUUCCCCAGCCUUUCUCCCGCUACAGGGACGGCGCGGAGCUGCCCAAAAGUCAGCAACUGGCGCUGUGCUUCAGUCAGUGGAUGGAGCUGUCUCACCAACCCCAGAUCUCCAGCACUGUUUUGGAUCUUUGUUACUCCAUAUUCAACAGCAUGCAUACGAAUGAGGUAAGGUGUAGGUGGACUAAAGCUAAACGAGAUACGGAAGAACUAAACAAAAAUGCUAGUUGUUACCCGGCUGUUCAAAUCUCUUACAACAUGAAGCUUUAUUUUCUCAGCCCAAAGGGACUCUGGAGAAGACACUGCAAACAUGAGCUUAUAUGUGGUGCAGCAAAUGAAACUGUUAUGAAAUCCUACUGAUUUCACCUGGACCUGAACUUUCUUCACAUUCCUGUAUUCAUGUGGUUUUAUUUAAAUUUUGAUUCAGAGUUAUAGAUUAAGCAGAGAAGGCAAAUGGUGUUUCAGGAGAAGGAAUGAUGCUUCAGUGUCAUGAAAGGCAAAGUCAAUGGCAAUGUUGGCAUAAUGGGACUGAGCUCCAUUUGGGGAACUUAAAAUCUCUUGGGACAACUAACAGACUGCUCAUUUUAUGCAUCUAAUCUUCAGGUAUAUCUUGUAGAUGGCACUUUCAAAGGUAUCAAUAGGAACUAAAUAUCUAAGCCCAGCUACAUAAGAAUAAUCUCCAUUAAUCCCUUCGUAAAAUCAAGCCAAUGCACUGUUUAGAAGCUCAUUUGUUGCCAUGUUUCUUCCAUAGCAUAAAAUCAUAAAUUUAGGAUAUUUGAAAGCGAGUCUAACUCAUGAGUUGGUGUCUCUUUACUUGAUAUAUAUCAUCUGAGAACAAACAAUCAUUGUAGUCUCCCUCUUUGCAUCCUUUAAAGCAUCCUGAUUGAGCAUGUACUUUUCUUCUUUGUU